GUUCAUAAUACUCCGUACAACUCGUUAUCCUGACUCACCAUUCCAUUCCUACAUGAUCGAGUAUGACAAUGAGCAAAUCCCAGCACAUAUUUCCAUCUUCACCGAGAAAUAAACAUAUAAAGAGUCUCCAUGGGUUCUCUGGAUAAAAGCUCAGGAUCACAAGCUGUUACCCUUGAUGUUGUUGAAGCAAAACACUUGAUUCAGUCUGGUUAUGUUAAUGUUUAUAUUGAUGUCAGGACAGUGGAAGAAUAUAAGAAGGGACAUGUGGAAGCAGAGAAGAUCCUUAAUAUCCCGUACAUGUUCAACACACCUGAAGGUAUGGUGAAGAACCCUGAAUUCAUGAAGGAGGUUUCAUCUUUUUGCAAGGUGGAAGAUCCUCUCAUAGUGGACUGCCAAAGUGGGGUGAGAUCCCUUCAUGCAACAGCUGACCUUCUUAAAUGUGGCUUUAAGAAUGUGGCCAACAUGGGAGGAGGUUAUCUUGCUUGGAAUGAGAAAGGGUUAGGUAUAAAAAUGGGAAAUAGAAGGUGCAAGAGCCUGCAAUAUUAGAGGACAAGCCAAAAGAGUUGUGAAUGGUGAUGGUUUGUUACUCAUUCUGUUCACGUUGCUG